AUGACAAAACUGAGUACAUAUCAAACUGGAAUAAGCGUAAACCAAAAUGGCAUCUUAGUCUGCAAUAAUAAUAUUUGUAACUAAAACUAAGUUAUAUAAAACAGUUAAACACAAGCAAAUCUUACUGGGUAUAGCAAUGACUACACACUCUCAUAGUCUAAAUGUUAGCAAUCAUAUGUGCAAGAUUUUCAGUUAGAAAAAAAUGAUAAUAUUGUUAUAAAUGAUGUUAAUUUUUAUGAAAAAAAUAAAAGAAAAAGUAGAUAUAAAAAGGAGGAAUAAAUAGACUAUUUGGAUGUUAAAAUGAAUAAAUCGGAGGAUUUUGAUACACAUGUAUCCAGAUAAGUACGUUGCUCUUUUUCUACAGAACUGAUUGAUAGAAAUAAUGUUGAUAGAAACUCUUUUGAGAUAAUAUGCAGUAUUGGAAAUAAAACCUUCCAAACAAAUGAAACUCAAAUGGAAGAAGAAUCAUCUAAUAACAAUGAACAAAUAGCUGUUUAAAACAUUUAAAACUCAUUAUGUUUAUUUAAAAAUCCUCAUUAUUAAAAUGUAAACUAGAAUGACUCACCAUAAGUAUAAUAAAAUGCUAAAGCAUCACCAUAACUGAUUAAUGAAUAAAAGUUACUUUAAUUUCAAAAAAAAAAAGAGUUCUUAAAUCACAACAUCUUACUUAAUAGCCUCAAGUAAGAGUUUCUUAGAUUUUAUGAUUUAAAAGAUGAAAAGAAAUUAGUCCAUUAAAUUUAUAAUGACCUUUCUUAAAAAGUUAAUGAGAUAAAAUCUGGAGAAUUUACUUAAAAAAGUACUUUAUAAUCAAAACAAUUAUUAGAUUAUUAAGUUUUUACAUUUAAAUAGUGUGUUUACACGAAUUUAAACAGUGAUAUUAGCAAAUAAUUUGUUAAUCACUGUGGGUAAAUUAAUUUAAAUAAUAAUUAAAAUAAAGAGGACGUAUUAAAUACGCAAUUCUAUAAUAAUUAUAUUAGUCGAGAUGAUGACAACAACCAAAUUAGUAUUUCUAAUAAUAGUAAUAAUGACAACUCCUAGAAUGUAAAUGAAUUAAUCAAUUUAAACGAACACUAAGCUCCUUCAAGUUUAUUUUAAAAAUUUUUUUGCUUAAAGCCAAAGUCUACUCCUUUUCUGAAAAAUUUUGACUUUUCUGAAAUCAGGCUCAAUUAGCCAAAAAAGACUUUAAAAAUAAGAAAUAAGAAAGAAAACUCAUCUUAUAUUAAAAAUUCUUAGUUUCACAACUUAAAUAAAUUAUUUAUGUACAACAUUUUAAGCAUGUUCAGAAUAGAUGCGCUAAAUAAUCUUAAUUUAUCUGAAAUAAUAAUUCAAGAGCUAUCAAAAAUAAUUUAAAGGCUUAAAAUUUCUAGCCAAAGGAAACACAAAAAAUAAAAUCAAGGAGUUUAUAACUAUUUCACGCACAGCCAUUAUAAUAUACUUUUCUUAAAAAUAAAUGAUAUGAAUAUUCACUAAAUUAAGAACAGCCCUCUUGAUUUAGAUUUACACCAAUAAUGCUUUAAUAUUGACCUAAGUAAUGAUGUUCCAGAGAUAGAAAUAGCGUAUAUCAAUUUGAUCAAGGAAAUUAAUUUUUAGAUUUUCAUGGUUAACAUAAGAGAAAAUGAGUUGAUUGAUGAUGGAACUGAAUCUAAAUAAAAUAUAAGAAUCAAAUACACAUUGAAAGCAAUUAACGGUAUUAAAAAAAUAUCAAAAGGAAAUUUAAUAAAAAAGUUUUGA